AUGAAUCCGCAUUUUGAGAAAGUAGGACAGGAAUUUGUGAAAGCUUACUAUGGAAUGUUCGACUCAAACCGGGCAAGUUUAGCGGCCUUAUACGUGAGUUUUUCCCUAUUCUGUUUGAACAUAGAGUUGAAGCUUACUGUGAGGUUAAGUCUCAAGCUUGUUUCUUAUUUGGAAUGCCAUAAAAAUAUAGUGUUUAUCAGGUUUCUGUAUAUCUGUAACGCAGCUUUAAGUGUUUGGGUUUACCGAAACAGCUGUCUUUUAAAGUUUUAAGUUCAUAUGCUAUGUUGAUCUUCAGUGUUAUAAUUCCCUCGGGGGGAGGUGGAGAGGGUACUUUGGGUGUAGGUGAGCCGCCAAGGUCUCCAACCUCUGACCCUGUUUAAGACAAAAUCUGUUCAUUUUUCUACCCUGCUUAAGACAACAGACUGUUUUUCAUAACCCUGUUAAGACUGCAGCCUAAAUGCCCUGUUUAAGGAGAUACAGUCAAACCUCUUUACAGGGCUCGAAAUUGCAAAUGAUACGGUCGCCAAUGCGACUAACAUUUUCUCCUUGGCGACUUAAAAUUCUAGUUUAGACGCCAAAGUGGCGACCAGAUUUCUCUAUGAUUUAGAUUUAAAUUAAAAGAGUAAAAGUUAAAACAAACAUUUCAUCUUAUCCUGGUUUUCUUUCAUCAUAAAAAAUGUGCCAAAUCGCAUAAACAAGGCCAGUUUACCUCCAAAUUUAUACCGACUCCUAUCCACAAUAUUUUGAAAUCUGAUGGAUCAAGUCAAAUUUCACGGGACUUGUAGGGGCAAAUUUGCUGAAAAAUCAACUGAUUUCACAGGAAUUUUCGGGGCAAACUUAGCUGAAAAUCAAUUGCUCAAAAAAGGCCGAUUUUGUGUUUAUUUUUCAGGGAAAACUAGGUUAGGGGUCGAUCGGUUUUGCGCUGACCAGACCAGCAUUUUUAAUGUUUUUCUAACAGAGGUGAUCAUUUGCUCUUUCAACAACAAUACGCUCCAGAACUGAACCAAUGGCAAAGCCUUUAACAUCAUGGUUAGUGCCCAGUUUUUUGCAGCAUAAUCGACGCCUGGUAGUUUCGGAGUUUCUGGACGAUAAAUUUAUAAGUUUACGGCAAGUAAAUAGCCCCAAUAGCUGAGAAAAAUUUCAAUUAUGUUGUACAGACAUGUAUUUGAUAAGAUUUCUACCGCAUUUCGUGGUAUUUUGCGUGUUUUUGUGAAUUUCACAGCUCUGCGACGGUGGGAAAUAUCAGAAGCCCUGACUUUGAGUUGCGUCAUUUACAUUAUACAAACUGGAGACUAAAAAUUUUCAUCUGGCGACUAUAUUUCUCCAGUUGGUCGCCAAAAGGCGACCUGAGGAUUUUUUUAAUUUCGAGCCUUGCUUUAAUUUGGACACCGAAGGGACAGAACCAAUUGUCCGCUUUACAGAGGUGUCCAUAUUAUAGAGGUAGGGAAUGUAUAAUUUUUGCCAUUUCUGGGACCAAACAAACUGUCCGUAAUAAAGAGGUGUCCUUAUUAUAGAGGUGUCUGUAAGGAGAGGUUAGACUGUAUUUUCUUUUUAGAUAGUAUAAAAUACAUUACAAAAUGGGGAAAAAAUAUAUUAUAUAUUUAUUUAAUUUGUUUUGGGGUCACAUACAAAAAGAUCUUUUUGAGAUUACUGACAGAACAAAAUUAGAUUAUUUUUAAAAACAUUACACAUGUAGACCACAGACCGCCAAAAAAUUUCAAACCCUCUUUAACCCUUUGACUGUUUGGAGAGCUGUUUGCCUUUAGCAGUCUCUUACAGUUGACACUGUACAUCUUGUGGCCACCGAAGCGCCCGCUUGCUCUCUUUCUUAGCUAUUUUCUUGACCACCACACCAUGUAUCUACAUGCUCGAGCUCUGUUGCCAGUAUCUUCAUCCAUUUAAAGGUCAAAUGAACCAAAAAUUCGACAUUUUUUAUUUUAGUUCAAUUCUAGUGAAAUGUGUUUAACAUGAACCUAAUAAACAUACUAUGAAGUUUCAGCUCAAUUGAAGCAAGCAUCUCCAAGAUAUUCGUAAUUAAAAAUUGUUAUUUUUUGGCCCUUAUCUUCGUAGAGCGGUCGGAAAAAUUGUCAGUAAAAACAGCUUGUGACGUCAAUGUUGGUCAGGUGAAAAAAGCGGGAAAUUCAAAACAGUGUUUUUUCGAGUCGACUUGGCGCAGAAAUUGUGGUGGUUUGUGCGGCCAUAAACCUAGAAAGAACAAGCAAUUUGUCUUCAAAAGUUGCAAGCUGUGGUUAUAACCUUAUUAUUUAAUUUUCUCGAAGAAUACAUCAUAGUAAAACGGACUUUAAUGACAGCAUUAAUUUUCUUGCGCUGUACUGGAAAUGUGCUUGCAUAGGUCCAAUUUUUUUAAGAUCUGUAUUCACAAAAUUUGUUCCUUUGAGGAAGUUUCUGGAUAUAUAAGGUCCGGAGCUCCACUGUGGACACAAAAACAAAAUAUCUUUGUAUAGUGAUUUGCCCAAAGAAAUUCGCGCUUGCCCACAAUGUGUUUGAAGUCAUUGAACUUUGUCACACUCGAGCUGAUAUUUUAAAACCCACGCUCGAUAGGACACUAGUGCUUCGCAGAACACUAAAAUAUAAACAAAAUCCUCAAUGUAGAAGUUUUGGCGUUGAUAUGUGGUCAGAAAAAGAGUUAAUCUUNACUUGGCGCAGAAAUUGUGGUGGUUUGUGCGGCCAUAAACCUAGAAAGAACAAGCAAUUUGUCUUCAAAAGUUGCAAGCUGUGGUUAUAACCUUAUUAUUUAAUUUUCUCGAAGAAUACAUCAUAGUAAAACGGACUUUAAUGACAGCAUUAAUUUUCUUGCGCUGUACUGGAAAUGUGCUUGCAUAGGUCCAAUUUUUUUAAGAUCUGUAUUCACAAAAUUUGUUCCUUUGAGGAAGUUUCUGGAUAUAUAAGGUCCGGAGCUCCACUGUGGACACAAAAACAAAAUAUCUUUGUAUAGUGAUUUGCCCAAAGAAAUUCGCGCUUGCCCACAAUGUGUUUGAAGUCAUUGAACUUUGUCACACUCGAGCUGAUAUUUUAAAACCCACGCUCGAUAGGACACUAGUGCUUCGCAGAACACUAAAAUAUAAACAAAAUCCUCAAUGUAGAAGUUUUGGCGUUGAUAUGUGGUCAGAAAAAGAGUUAAUCUUUAUCUAGUAAAAUCUUCCCCAAAAUCGGUUUCAAAGCAACCAGUACAGUUUUUUAAACUUGAUCGUUUCGCACAGAUAAAGUUUUGCUUUGUGUUGUCAACUUGGACAUGCAUAACACCUGUCAAAAACCAAGUAAGAUUUCCUUCAAACAAAGUUGAAGUUACAUUAUUGCGAAAACUUCUUUCCAGUUAUGUAUAUGAUUUAAUUACUGACUGAGGUCACUUUAAGGACUGUAGACGCCACUUUAAGCUCGCAAAGAGAGGCGACAAGCAAAGAACAAUUCCAUCAUGCAUAAAAUUCAGCUUAAGUGAACUAAAAAAAGCUUCAAGAAGGUUGCAAAACAACAAAUUGCCAUUAAAAAAACAUAAGGCUUAAGGCUCUUAUACCCGCUGACAAUGAAGAAGUGAAUUUUCUGUGCGAAAUAACCUGCCUAAAGAUCUCUUAAAAGCAAAAGAUCAGUUGCAAGCUUCGCACCCAAGCCAUGAUUCAUCAUUUAGCUAUUUUUAAAAACUGGUCCAUGCGAGGGUCUUCAUUCAAGCAAAUUAAACUCAGCAAAGUGAAUAAUUAGAAAGUACAGAAAACUGCACGUAAGGGUUUGUUUUGCUUGCUUCAGUCAAAUCCAGCUCCAGCAAUUAUUUACGGGCAAAGAGUCAAUUGUUUUGAAGUCACUGCCGGCAGUUGUCAUUCUCAGCUACUUCACAGCGAGUGAAAAGGAAAAUUUGUGAACAGAAAGGAAACAAAACUACGUAAUAAAAAAUGAAAAAAGAAAAAAAAAAUCUGACUUUUAUUACUUGAGCAACAGAAAAGGGAUCGAAAUAGUCUGUUCUUCUCCAAUAAGCUUGCUAGCCUUCUAUAGUUCCGAGGAAGUUUUAAGCGUCCAAGUUUGUUCACUCGCAAGCAUUAGCAUUACAGUUAUGAAUCCGAAGUAAUUUUGAAGUGACGAUAAAACAACAACAACAACAAAAACCAAAAAAAAGCCUUUACAAGGAGCAAAUAUUCAUUCAGUCUCAGUCAGAACUCUCACAGAAUGAGACAAACAAACACGGGCAAUAAGGGAUUCACAGAAGCUUGCGCAGAACGUUUUUCCGCCCUGAAAGACCAACAUUGACGUCACAUAGUCUCCAGUCUAUCACGCGGCCAUUUCAGAAACAUUUUCGUGAAGUCUUCGGAAAUGCUCGGAUUUUGAUCUUUUAUCUUUCUAUAAAGGCUUGGGAAGAAAAAUCUUUACCCAAAUCUCACUUAGGAUGUUCCUUUUUAGUGUUUGGUGAAGGUAAAGCGACAAAAGAAAAUAUUUCAAUUUUUUGGUUCAUUUGACCUUUAAUAGGACUAAUCUUCACCUAACCUGAAUCAUUGCUAAAAUCUGGUGCUGCGAAUAUAGUUCGAUCAACCCCAUUCGUGUCUGGUGCCAUUUUUAAAGGUUAUCAUUAGCACAAUGAGGAAAUAUUGCCAAAACGUUAGCCCUAAAGGGUGGAAAACUGACUGACAUUGAAUCAUACAAUAAACUACCUCAUAUAAGCAACAUAAAGUGUCAUUUGACAAAAUAUGGAGCCUUUCGGAGCCUUUUUUGGGACAAAAUGUACACCUCAUUUGGAAGUGCCUUAAAAACGCUCUCAGGAGUCAAAGAGUUAAGGCUUUGGGUCUAAAAAGACACCCUCUUCAAGAUGCUCAAUAGUGAAAUUAUAUACCCUGUUUAAGACUCAAGACCUUGUCAGCAGCACAUACCCAUAUAGGCCAAAUAAGGGAGUGCCCACCCCCCCCGGGUUAUAAUCAUGCUAUGCACAUGUCAUCAGCUUCCCCCAGGGGUAGGAUCCCCUACAACCCCGGGCCAACCAGGGGUAUUGUAAAAUGGGUAGAACACAGUUGACAAUUUCCCCCAGGGGUUCGAAAGUUUACAAGACAAAGUCCCAUGGGUCUAGUGCUUCUCAAUGAAAAAUCCUCCAGACAUCCUUCUCAUAUGACUGGAAUUCAUUUGAUUGAGGAGUCUGGGCUACUGUUGCUGGGCUACUGCUGCUGUUUUCCCAUGAUAAUGCAGAUGUGUUUGUCUUCCUUUUAAAGACGGAUGUGUCCAUGCUAACUUUUGAGGGUCAACAGUUCCAAGGAACUCAGGCCAUCGUGAAAAAGAUCACAGUGAGUUUUAUUUUGGUUAUUUCAUGUUUUGGCACUAUUUCAAAUAGCCUGUAAAGGAGGUGUUUUUUGUUUUUGGUUCAUGAUGUAAAAGAUAAACGGCUGUGAACCAAAGUCAAACAAAAAACGAGAGAUUACAGGGUGAGAGGAUGAAGGCAGUGGAACAACCACAGGCAUUCAACUGUGUGAGUUUUUUGAAACUUUGUUUGCCACUAGAAUAGAGGAGACGUCAUUCCUGAUCAUGUUUAAUCUCCAUAAAACGGAGACUGUAGUCUGGCUAAGACUGAUGUCUGGAAUCUUGGUCAAUCUUGAGUCAUGUUUAGUACAGUGAAUGAGCCAACAGGUGAGAGAGAAAAAUUACCAGUUGCCCAGCCGAGCACUUUUGCUUGUAGUAUAGUAAGCACCAAAGCAGGGAAAAUAUUCUACCAUGCUGGUGUUGGAUUGUUGCAUCACAGUUUACAAAGUAAACAAAAUAGUAUUAGCUUUUAUAUGGAACCACAAACCACCUAAGAUAAAAUUCUGAAAAAAAAAAAAAAUAAAUAAAUAAAUAAAUAAAAUAAAUAAAUAAAUAAAAUAAAAAAUUCUGAAUGCUCAAUAAAACAAGGCAAGAGGAAGGUUUAGAGAUGAAAGACUUUUCUCUAUUUAACCAUGCUUUAAAAUGAAAUUGGGUCAAGCAACUUUGCUCAAACUCAAGCGCUCCGUGGAAGUACAGUCAACUCUCUCUUAACAGACACCUCUAUAAGACAGACACCUCUGUAAAACAGACACUUAGAGUUGGUCCCUGCCUUUCUUUGCUCCCUUUAUUUGACUUUCUAUAAGAUGGACACCUCCCUAAGACAGACACUUACUGCCGGUUUUGGUUGUCUCGGAUCUCUGAUUUUGUCAUUUACAUGUAAUUUCUUUGCUUACUUUAAGUUCCAUAGCAGUUGAGGGCGAGUAAUUGGCAAAAUGAAACAAAAUGAACUGGACUGACGUGACACAGCCCCUUUAAGGCUGCAAUCUUUUGCUUUUUCUUACUGGUAGUUUUUUUUAAGGUACUUUACACAGUUGUUACAGCCCUUAACCAUCAAACAAAACAUGUUUUUGCUGUUAAGUCCCUUGUCCCCGCCUCACUGAUACAGCUGCAUUUUAUUUUUUUUUCCAGGAAUUACCAUUCAAAGUGGUUCAACAUAUUAUUACCACAGUGGAUUGCCAGCCAAGUGGGGAAAACGGUGUUUUAGUUUUUGUGGUUGGGCAACUUAAGGUACUGAACAGUUAUGUGUGUACAGCCCCUGUUGUUUUUAGGGAGUUUUAUGGUUUUAGAAAUAUGAUCUGUAGGUCAGUUUCUGCCAAUUCUUAUCAGGAUUCAAGAAGGAGUCAGGAAAAACCUGGAAAGUCAUGAAAUUUAGCAAUUUCUUUUUCCAGGCCUGGAUAGUUCGGGAAUUAAAUUGCCCAUCCUGAAAAAAUCAUGGAUUAUAAUUAGAAUAAUGUUAUGUGUGGCAUAUUAAGUACUGCAGGUGUCAAAGCAAGGACAAUGUAUGGUAAAACUAUAAAAGGAUGUGGAAAAAUCAUGGAAUUUCAAGAGCUCAAGAGAGUAUAAUAAUAAUAAUUUAAUGAAUUUGUAUAGCGCUAAUACUACAUGUAUAAACAAUAUUCAAAAGUACUGUACAUUACGUUACAAUUAAAAAAUACUUAAAUCUAAAAAAACGAUUCUAAAGUUCUCUACUUUAAAUUAGAAUUAAAAUAUUCAAAAGUGCUAAACUUUCAGAACUAUUCCAACAAAAUGAAAGCUUUCCUAAAAAGAAAUGUUUGAAUUUGCUUCUUUAAAAAUGGCAAAGCUGCUUCUAGUUCUAAUAGUUGAUGGCAGAAAGUUCCAUAAAACAGGUGCAGCAUGAGCAAAGGCAUGAUUCCCAAGUGUAGAGCAGUUGCCUUUUGGAGCGAAGAGAAGAGAUUGGGAAGUCGACAAAAGGGCAUAAGUUGAACCCAGUAUUAUGCUUUAAGAGUGAGUCUCCAAACUGUAAUCUCAUGACCACUAAUGCCAGCUCAUGCUUGCAUGGAAAUUUCUCACCUUGGUAGAAACGUUGGACCAAUCACAAGAAUGUGCUAUAUAUCAGUUUUGAAACUUUAAUCUAACAAGAAAAUGGCACAAAUGAAUUCAUUCAAGAAAAAAGUAUAAUUAUAUGAAUGAUCAUAAUUUUCCUAGUAUCUAUGAUUUUAGAGACUCCUUAUGGGGCAAAAAUUAAUAAUUUUCUUGAGAACUUUGCAACUCUUCAGAACAUCUUCUGAUAUCUUUAUAAUUUUUUUCAAGUCCUCUACUAAAAUUCCUGGCUCUCUCAGGAUUAAAAUCCUUUGCCUCCAGCUACACUGUUACAUUGUUACCACAAACAAGAAAUUUGUUUCACCUAGCUAAGUUACCUGAUAAAACGUCAUCAGUCAUGUCAUUUGCCUUAAUAUGAAUCAUUUUCAGUCAUGUCAUUUGCCUAAAUUUGAAUCAUUUUCAGUUUCUGACUUGAUCAAAUAUAUGACGUUACUAACCUGUACUAAAGAGGCUCGAAACAAGCCCCUUCCGGUAGUCCAGGACGAAUAGAUUUUCUUGCUGGGCAAGUAACUUUUAAAUCUUACUUGGUCAGUGCCCAGUACUAAGUCAUGGUUAAUACAAUCUUGAAAAGGUCUUGAAUUUUGGUAGUCGUCUUGAAAAGUCCUUGAAUUCGGUUAAGGUCCUUGAAAAGUACUUGAUUUCUUUAUUAGGUCUUGAAAAGUCCUUGAAAUUCACUAUCUAGUCUACACCAGACCCCAUUUGCUGUAAAAUGAGAUUAUUUUGCUUAGGAAAAUUUUGCUCAUCCUCUGUGUAAGAACCUGCAAGACUCAUAGCUAAGGUAAAAAUAUUUUUUGUGCGUGAACAAUAUUUUAUUUCUGUUUCUUUAUUGAGCCAUUUUGAACUAUUCUGAAAAACUAGGGAUACUCUGGAUUUCAAGUGACAAGGAUGAUCGAAUGGGGGCAGAAAUCAAAACCAAAAAAAAAUCCCUGGACCUAAAAUUAACCCCCCCAAAAAUCCCAUGCCGAAUUUCCAAAACUUAAAAAUUUCCAGGAAGCAAAACAGGUUUGGUUGGAUACUUUAUUGGCUGGGAUAUGCGCAGGCACUACCACAAAUCUUCAGAUUGUUUUGAAUACCCCAAAAAAUACCUGCCAAAUUGUCCCACCCAAAAAAUUCCUCUGAUCAUCCCUGUCACUUGAAAUUCAGAGUACCCCCCUUGGGACAAAUGAAAGGGCUCACAGUUGCUUAUCAACCUGUUGCUCUUUUUUGUUUUGUUUUGUUUUUUGUUUUUUUUUCCACAGACGGAUAAUGACCCUCCACAUAGCUUCAGUCAAACAUUUCAGCUUUUUAAAAAAGAUAUGAACAACUACUUUGUCCUAAAUGACAUGUUUCGACUAUCUCUUCAUCACGGAUGA